GCUGCUGUCUCCAUUCUCUCUCGCCUCGGCACUUCCCGUCAAAAUAAUCGACCGCCGAGCGCCGGCACCCGCGCUGCCCUUGCUUAGGUUGCUAGCUCGGCCCGGAUCUGGCAGAGGGCUCGUGUCCCUGACCUCCAUGUCUUGCCCCUCGCUCCAAGCUCCUGGCGCUGCCUCGGCGGUCAUGUCUCCACCCAUGGACCCACCAUGGCGGCGGCCAUCUCACCCCCGUCCUUCUCCAUUCGGUGGCGGCACCAUCAACGGUCACGCUUGCUCGGCCAGCGUUCGAUUUUUUCUUCUUCUAAUUCCUGAGAUCCGGCCUCAAGCUUCAGGUCGUUGUUAUUACCAGUGUAGUGGUGCAGGUGCUGACGAUGAGUCCAUGGAGUUUCUCGCCCUGUGGAUGCUCCUGGCUCCACAAGAGAAGCAAUUGUCAUGCUUUGUGUUACGACGAGCAAUAUAUGAUUAAUAACCUUGGUGACGACAAUGCCAUGAGCAACAUUGUUGAUGGUGGCACCUGGAGUUCGGUAUUGUACCGAGUUCCCCCGCAGGACACAUCGAUGCCGGUGGUCGUGAAGAAGUUGCAGAACAAGAGUGGACCAGUGGAUGCUAGCCUUGACAGCCGACGUCAGUCCGAGGUGAACUUGCUGGGCCGGAUUGGCCACGGCAACAUCAUCAGCCUUGCAGAUUGGAUUCGCAGGGACAACUUUAUCCUGAUCGUCUAUGACCACAAGGAGAAUGGCAGCCUCCACCAGUGGCUGCAUCAUGAUCCUGCAGAGAGGGUGUUGGACUGGCCAACGAGGCGGGCCAUCGCCGUCGCCGUUGCAGGAGGGCUCUGCUACCUGCACCACAGACGCAAGAGCCCCAUCGUGCACCACAACAUCAACUCUGCAAACAUCCUGAUUGACACUGGCCUCAAGCCGAAAAUUGCAGGCUUCGAUUUUGCACAGGUCAACCUGGCCGGACCUGACCAACCGGUGCCGAUAUGGGAGCUCACUACUGGCAACAUGUUUGGCUACACUGCUCCAGAAUAUGCAACCAUGGUGACCACCACCAAGGUUGACGUGUACAGCCUUGGUAUGUUGCUGUUGGAGCUCGUCACCGGUCGGGUGGCCAACGCAGCGGUUGCGGAUGGCCACUUGGCAACCUGGGCAGGGAAACAUUGCAACCACCUGAUGGAGAACACUGGAGAUUUCAGGGACGUAGUCGACAUGGCCAUCCCAGAUCGAGUGCAAUACCUCAAGGAGAUGGCCACCAUGUUCAGGCUCGGCGUGGAUUGCACCACCGAGAAGCCAGAGGAGAGGCCAGCCAUGCACAAGGUUCACUGCCGCCUCCGCAACCGUGGCCACUGAUUCGGUCUCGCCUGCCGCUUAUCAACUCUGAGACGGUCAGAGCAGAUAACCUAAUAAAUUGUUCAACGGAUGUCUGAUACAUGUUCCAAAUUUGUUUCUUCGUGGUUUCGAUGAUGUGUUUGUUUCAGACAUGAUUUUCAAGAUCCAAACAAAUUUUGGUUUCACAGUUUCA